CGGAGGCAGCGGCGGCCGCGAGGGGAGGGGGAGUCCCGCCUGACUGAGCCAGCAGGCCACGGGCUGGCGGGCUGGGGUUCCGCGGAGGGCGGAGCGCUGGGCUCGGGAUGAUCUAAGCUGGUCAGGAGCCGCCGCCGCUGCUUCGCUUCGGCCCCUAGUGCCCAGCUGCUGGGGAGGAGGGGACCCGGCUUGGCUGCCUAGGUGACUGGCCCAGUGGCCGCGGAGCCCCAAGCGAAUUCUCAAGGUCUGGAAGCUAUAGCAUUCUGAAGUUAGCAUCUGGUACCACUUCAGAGACAGAGACCUUCAGUGAUAUAUGUAUCCUUCUGUGAUGGAAGAUGAUUGAAAACAAGGGGCCACGUGUAGCUGACUAUUUUGUUGUAGCAGGGUUGACUGAUAUUUCGAAGCCUCUUGAAGAAGAAAUUCACUUCAAUGAUGCAUGUCAUAAAAUAGCUAAACCAAAAGAACCAAUAACAGAUGUAACAGUUAUUAUUAAAUCUCUUGGGGAAGAAGUACCAAAGGGUUAUACAUGUAUAGAUGUUACCCCAACUGGAUUAUCAGCGGAUCUCAAUAAUGGAAGCCUUGUUGGGCCACAGAUCUACCUUUGUUAUAGAAGAGGAAGAGAUAAGCCUCCGCUCACUGAUCUGGGGGUCUUAUAUGACUGGAAAGAAAGAAUAAAACAAGGCUGUGAAAUUAUUCAGACUACUCCACAUGGUCGCCCUGCAACUAUUAGUGGCAGUACCUCAUCACAAAGAAUUUAUGUCACUUACAGGAGGGCCUCUGAGAGCAUGACACAAAAUACACUAGCUGUCACAGAUAUCUGUAUUAUUAUACCCAGUAAAGGAGAAAGUCCACCACAUACAUUCUGCAAAGUUGACAAGAAUCUCAAUAAUAGUAUGUGGGGAUCAGCAGUGUAUUUAUGUUAUAAGAAGUCUGUGGCAAAGACUAAUACUAUAUCCUACAAAGCUGGUUUAAUAUGCAGAUAUCCUGAAGAAAACUAUGAGUCAUUCCCAUUACCAGAAUCGGUUCCCCUCUUUUGCUUACCAAUGGGGGCAACUAUUGAAUGUUGGCCAUCAAAUAGCAAAUACCCUCUUCCUGUUUUUUCUACAUUUGUGUUAACUGGAGCUUCUGCUGAAAAGGUCUAUGGUGCUGCUAUUCAGUUUUAUGAAUCAUACCCUGAGGAGAAUCUCACAGAGAAACAAAGAUUUCAUUUGGGAUUAGCAUCCUCUACAGAUGGGAAACCUGAUCGCUCCAAAACCGUUCACACUAAUAAAUGCAUCUGCCUUCUUUCUCACUGGCCUUUCUUCGAUGCCUUCAAGAAGUUUCUGACUUUUUUAUAUCGUUAUUCCAUCUCUGGACCUCAUGUCCUUCCAAUUGAGAAGCAUAUUUCUCAUUUUAUGCACAAAGUUCCUUUCCCAUCUCCUCAGAGGCCACGAAUUUUAGUUCAGUUAUCACCACAUGAUAACCUUAUUCUUAGUCAACCUGUAUCCUCACCUCUUCCUCUGAGUGGCGGGAGGUUUUCAACACUGCUACAAAACUUGGGCCCUGAAAAUGCUGUAACACUACUUGUAUUUGCAGUAACAGAACAUAAAAUUCUCAUCCAUUCCUUGCGACCUUCUGUCCUGACUAGUGUGACAGAAGCCUUAGUCUCUAUGAUAUUUCCUUUCCAUUGGCCAUGCCCAUAUGUUCCUCUUUGCCCAUUGGCUUUAGCGGAUGUUUUGAGCGCACCUUGUCCAUUCAUAGUAGGGAUCGAUUCAAGAUACUUUGAUCUCUACGAUCCACCACCAGAUGUUAGUUGUGUUGACCUGGAUACCAACACUAUUUCUCAAACUGGAGACAAAAAGAAUAUAGCCUGGAAGAUCCUUCCAAAGAAACCCUGCAAAAAUCUGAUGAACACAUUGAACAAUUUGCACCAGCAACUAGCAAAAUUACAACAAAGACCAAGAGAAGAUGAAUUAAUGGAUCUAGCAAUGAAUGACUAUGAUUUUAACUCAGGAAAAAGAUUGCAUUUGAUAGAUAUGGAAAUCCAAGAGGCAUUUUUAGGUUUCAUGGCCUCUAUAUUAAAAGGUUACAGAUCAUACUUAAGGCCAAUAACACAAGCCCCAUCUGAGACAGCCACAGAUGCAAGUUCCCUUUUUGAGCUACAAGGGUUCUUAAAAAGCCGGGACCGUUCCCAUCAAAAAUUCUACAGUAUGAUGACCAAAACACAAAUGUUUAUUCGAUUCAUUGAGGAAUGUUCCUUUGUCAGUGACAAAGAUGCAAGCCUGGCAUUUUUUGAUGACUGUGUAGACAAAGUAGAUAUGGACAAAAAUGGUGAAAUGCGACUUAUAGAACUGGAUGAAUCCUUCAAAAGUGAACAUACUGUUUUCGUAACCCCACCUGAGAUCCCACAUCUACCCACUGGUGAAGAACACCCUUUACAAUACAGCUAUAAUGGAUUUCCUGUCCUGAAGAUAGAUUUAUUUGAGAGGCCAGAGGGAUUUCUGCAAACACAAAAUAAUAAACUGGCCUCAAAAAAUAGUAGUCCUAAUAGCCCUUCAGCAAUGUUCAGAAGAACUAAACAGGAAAUAAAGUCAGCCCAUAAAAUAGCAAAGAGGUAUUCCUCCAUCCCUCAGAUGUGGUCCAGAUGCCUGUUACGUCAUUGUUAUGGACUGUGGUUUAUUUGCCUCCCAGCAUACGUGAAAGUGUGCCAUUCAAAAGUCAGGGCUCUGAAAACAGCAUAUGAUGUACUUCGAAAAAUGCAUUCAAAAAAGAUUGAUCCUCCCGACGAGGUGUGUUAUCGAGUUCUUAUGCAGCUGUGUGGUCAGUAUGGGCAGCCUGUUCUUGCAGUGCGAGUACUUUUUGAAAUGAAAAAAGCUGGUGUUCAUCCCAAUGCCAUUACUUAUGGUUACUAUAAUAAGGCUGUUUUGGAAAGUACUUGGCCUUCAAGCAGUCGAAGUGGUUAUUUUCUGUGGACCAAAAUAAGAAAUGUUGUUUUAGGAAUAGCACAGUUCAAAAAAGUUUUAAGAAAAAAUACUCAUGUAUCACAUGCUCCUCUUUCAGCAGAUGGCAGUGACCUGGAUGCUGUUAGUCAUGGCAGCAUGGAUAGUUGUAAUGACACAAACACUGUGGAGCAGGCACCCUUCAACACUGAGUUAAUCAAAGUAGAUUCUACUGAUGAUAGAUCUAGUACAGGGGGUCAGUCAGAUCUUGGAUAUAAUUCAUUAUCUAAAGACGAAGUUAGAAGAGGUGACAUAUCUACCCAAGAUUUACAGGAAGAAAAAGAGGACAAGAAAGAGAGUGAUUGUAGUUCCUUGUCUGAGAGUGAGAGUGCAAAAGGAAGUGCUGAUUGCCUUCCUAAGCUCAAUUAUCAAAACACAGGCAGUAUAAAUCCUACAUCAAGUAUAGUCCGCCUUGGUGGUAUGAUUAGUCAUGCAGAUGAAGUAUCAGGAGGAAGCACAGAAGACACAUCUGAGCUGCUAUUAAUAUCUUCUUUUGAAGAGACAAAUGAAACAGAAAAUAUUGAAAGAAGUUUCAGAAAAAGGCACAAAAGUGAUGCAGAACCUGCUUUGCAGCAACAGAUGACUUGGGAAAACAGAAAUCAUAAUCUUAGUGGUGGUGUAUUGAUGGGUCUUUUGAUGAAUAGAAUUGACCAGGAAGAAAGCCAUGGAGAAAUGGUUGAAAAAUUAGGAGCUGAUGCAAAAAUUCUCUCAAAUGUUAUACAGAAAAACCCAAGACCAAAUACCCUUGAUAUUGGAAAUGCAUCUCUAAGAUCAAAAAGAGACAGUCUAGAAAAGGAAUCUAGUGAUGAUGACACGCCUUUUGAUGGUACUAACUGUUUGGCAGAUAAAACUGACUCUCCUGUGAUUUUUGACUUAGAAGAUUUAGACAAUGAAGUUGAUACAGCAAAAGCAGGCACCACCCCUACACGAAACCCUAAAAAGCUUGAACGAAUGAAUAGCAGCUUCUCGAUAAAACCUAUUGAAAAAACUGACGUCGCAGCUGGGUUUGAUCCACUCUCACUUUUAGCUGCUGAAACUGAGCAGCAGCAAAAAGAUGUGGAAGAGGAUGAGGAUAAUGAUGAAAACAAAAACAUUUCCACACCAUCAGCAAGAAGAGAUUUAGCUGAGGAAAUUGUGAUGUACAUGAACAAUAUGAGCAGUCCUUUGACCAGUCGUACACCAAGCAUUGAUUUACAACGGGGUUAUGAGGACAAAUCAGCAAAUAAGAAAAGUCCAACAGUAGCCAAGCCAUGCAGAAGGUCUAGCCUUCCUCCCAUUUCUCCUAGGCCAAUGCGUCUUACCAAAUCUAAAAGUUACUAUAUAAAAAAUGAAGACAAACCCAGGGAUAGACUUUGGUCUUCUCCAACUUUCUCACCAACCUGUCCACUUAGGGAACAGCCUCAGGAUAUGACUGGUACAUUAACUCUUGUUUCAUCACCUUCAUUUAAUUUAGAUACAUUAAUAACGCCUAAAUUGGAUGUUCUAAAGAGUAGUGUGUUCUCUGCUGGAAAAGGUGUUGCAGAGAAGGCAAGCAAAUGGUAUACAAGAUUCACUAUGUAUACUACACCCUCUAAGGAUCAGAAUUCAGACCGAACCAGUCUUUCUUCAGUCGGAGCCCUAGAUUCUGAAUCUGCCUCUUUAAUAGAUGAAGAUGCUUGCAGUGAGUUUGAAGGAAUGCCUUCCCCUCAAGAGCAUAAUGUCACUUCAGAGACAAAGGGAAUCGGACUUAGUAGAUCAAGUCUGGAAAGUACUGCCUCAUGCGAGGGUCCCCUGUCAAAGUUUGUUUUACCUGGAAAAUCUGAGUUGGCAUCUUCUUGCAGCACAAGUAGUACAAAUAUUUUCCAGAACUAUGCUAUGGAGGUUCUCAUAUCAAGCUGUUCAAGAUGUCGAACUUGUGACUGCCUUGUACACGAUGAAGAAAUCAUGGCUGGUUGGACAGCAGAUGAUUCAAAUCUCAAUACCACAUGCCCUUUUUGUGGGAAUCUUUUCUUACCCUUUCUAAAUAUCGAAAUAAGAGAUUUACGACGGCCUGGCAGGUACUUUUUAAAGUCCAGCCCCUCUACUGAGAAUAUGCAUUUUCCAUCAUCAUGUUCAAACCCAACAAGGAAGUCCUGGAUUUCUUCAUCAGCCUCAGGUGUUGCCAUUUCUGCUCAAGAGAAUUUUAAUGCAAAUAGACAAUCUAAAGAGCAAGAAAAUGGAUGUGCCCGAAGUAUUCAGAUACCUGAAGGAAGGAGACAAACUAUGAGCACAUCAAAAUGUCCGGUGUUUCCAGUGGCCAGGAGCAUCAGCACCUAUGGCCCCUUAGACAAGGAAGAAACAGGAGGCCAGAAGAUGGGCCACGUUGUGUCUACAGGCAGUCUGCCAGCAACUUUGCAAGGAGCCACAGAUUCACUGGGAUUAGAGUGGGACCUUCCGAGUCCAGAUCCUAUUACUGUCCCAUAUCUCAGUCCAUUAGUGGUAUGGAAAGAACUUGAAAGUUUGUUGGAAAAUGAAGGUGAUAAUGCGAUAACAGUGGCAGACUUUGUAGACCAUCACCCUAUUGUAUUUUGGAACCUAGUGUGGUAUUUUAGACGUCUGGAUUUACCCAGUAAUUUGCCUGGAUUGAUUUUGUCUUCUGAGCAUUGUAAUAAGUAUUCUAAGAUUCCCCGUCACUGUAUGUCAGAAGACAGUAAAUAUGUGUUAAUUCAGAUGUUAUGGGACAACAUGAAAUUACACCAAGAUCCAGGACAGCCCUUAUACAUCCUCUGGAAUGCACAGAGUCAAAAUCGUACUCUUUUGUUUGAGACCCAAAAGUACCCAAUGGUCCAUUUAUUGCAAAAAGGUGAUAACUCAUUUAACCAAGAAUUGUUGAAAAGCAUGGUAAAAAGUAUUAAGAUGAAUGACGUCUAUGGACCAAUGAGUCAGAUUUUGGAGAUACUGAACAAGUGGCCUCAUCUUAAACGACAGCGGAGUUUAUAUAGAGAAAUAUUAUUUCUCUCACUUGUGGCAUUAGGAAGAGACAACAUUGACAUAGAUGCAUUUGACAGAGAAUACAAGAUGGCAUAUGAUCGUCUUACACCUAAUCAAGUCAAGAGUACCCACAACUGUGAUAGACCACCAAGUACAGGAGUGAUGGAAUGUCGAAAAAUAUUUGGCGAACCUUAUCUUUAAAAUAAGUUUCUGUGUAUAUAGUUACAUAAAUAUGUGUGUGUGUGUGUGUGUAUAUAUAUAUGCAUAUAUAUAUACACACACAUUAUAUAUGCUUUGUACAGUCUGUGUAAAAAUUACUACUUCAGUCUCUAAGAAAAUUUCUAUCUUCAUUUUUUAAAAAAUGCAUUUGCAGCAGGCAGAAAACACUGAUAAACUACAGAUGUUUGAGGUGAAGAAUAAUAAGUGGGCUAAAUGCUGCUUUGCUUCCUGGUCCUUUUGUUGUUCCACUCUAUAAAGAGUUUCAUGGUGGGAAAAAACCAUAAUUAAAAGUAAUUGUCUUAAAAAAAGACAGUCUCUUGGAAAACCGUGAUAAAAAUCAUGUAUGAAUACUAAUAAUUAACACAAAAAUCAAAGGAUCUGCUGUUUACAUAGAUUAUUCAGAUGUUAUAAAGAACACAAAGUUGUAUUAUACAUGUUUUAAAUUGUUUAUAGUAAGUUGAUAUUUUUUUAA